AUGGCCACUAGCUCAGCCGCAGUCACUGUGGCGAUCUUCCUCCUCGUUACGCUCUCCGCCUCCUACAUCACAUCAGCCCUCCGCCCCAGCCUCGGCGCCUGCCAAGCCAGUGGCUACUUACCUGGAAAGGCUGGCCACUGCGAGAGAAGCAACGAUCCAGAUUGUUGCGAGGAUGGUAAGAGGUACCCUCAGUACCAUUGCUCGCCUCCGGUGACAUCGAGCACCAAGGCCGUCUUGACACUUAAUAGCUUUGAGAAGGGCAAGGACGGAGGCGGGCCGUCAGCGUGCGACAAUGCCUACCAUAGCGAUAAGGAGAUGGUCGUUGCACUCUCCACUGGAUGGUUCAAGAACAUGGCACGUUGCGGCCACCGCGUUAAGAUCACUGCCAAUGGAAACUCUGUGUAUGCAAAAGUGGUGGACGAGUGUGAUUCUGUGUAUGGUUGCGACGACGAGCACAACUACGAGCCACCCUGCCAGAACAACAUCGUCGAUGCCUCGCCAGCGGUUUGGAAUGCCUUGGGUCUUGAUCAGAAUGUUGGUGAGCUGGCCAUCACAUGGUCUGACGGCGACAACUACCUCGGCGCCUGCCAAGCCAGUGGCUACUUACCUGGAAAGGCUGGCCACUGCGAGAGAAGCAACGAUCCAGAUUGUUGCGAGGAUGGUAAGAGGUACCCUCAGUACCAUUGCUCGCCUCCGGUGACAUCGAGCACCAAGGCCGUCUUGACACUUAAUAGCUUUGAGAAGGGCAAGGACGGAGGCGGGCCAUCAGCGUGCGACAAUGCCUACCAUAGCGAUAAGGAGAUGGUCGUUGCACUCUCCACUGGAUGGUUCAAGAACAUGGCACGUUGCGGCCACCACGUUAAGAUCACUGCCAACGGAAACUCUGUGUAUGCAAAAGUGGUGGACGAGUGUGAUUCUGUGUAUGGUUGCGACGACGAGCACAACUACGAGCCACCCUGCCAGAACAACAUCGUCGACGCCUCACCAGCGGUAUGGAAUGCCUUGGGGCUUGAUCAGAAUGUUGGUGAGCUGGCCAUCACCUGGUCUGACAGCGACAACUAG